CCAGUGGGAGACUCUGGUCUAAGUUCUGAUGCGUCCGCUGGUUCUGAAGAGGAUCAUGAAGUGAGAAAGAACCGGAGUUUUUCUACAACUCUCCCUAUUCCACCUCCCCUAGUUACUGCUGAUGCAUCAGACUGACCAGCUCAGCUCACCAAGAUGGCGGACCCUUUCGAAGUCCGCAUGCGCUUCACGUCGCAGCUGCAGCAUCUCAACGCCUCGGUGACGUCUGCUCAGAAGGCAGCUCAAUUUGCCCUCAAGUAUAAGGACAUGGGGGAGGAUUUGCACUCCUGCAUUCUCGAACAGCUGGAACGGAAUAAUAUGAACGUUCGCGCCAAUAUCAUGUAUUUCAUCGAGCACUUUCUCGAUCUAGCACAGAAGGAUGGCCACACCGACUAUGUGCGGAUGAUGCAGCGAGACAUCAUCAGAGUCGUCGACGCGGUUGCCCCCGACGACGGCUCCGGGGCGGCUAACGUCAAGGUCGUGAGGAAGGUUCUCCAAGGCCUGCAGAGCAAAUCAUUCCUCGAGGCCCAAGCCGUCACGGAGAUCGAGGAGGUCCUCAAGGAGCGCGACACGGCCGCCCACGACAUGGGCCUGUCGUCCCCGGCGGCGGCGGUGGCCAACGGCGACGCCGAGCUUGGCGACAUGCCGCCGUCGCAGACGCUCCCGCAGCCGCGAUGGGACCGCGGGCCCUCGAGCGCGGGCGCAGGCGCGGGCGCGGCGAGGCUCGACCGCAAGCAGGUCGAGCAGCGGAUCGAGGAGGACCGGGAGCGGCACAAGCGGCUGCGCGAGGGCAUCUGGGCGGUGCCGCCGGGCCCCGACGCCGAGCUCGACCGGCUCUGGGAGGAGACGAGCGACCUCGGCGACGACGACCACCUCAUGGGCGAGGAGGAGUACGAGGAGCGCGAGAGGACCGUCCGGUCGAGCUGCGUGCAUCGCCAGGCUGCUACCGCUGCUGAGGCGAACGGGAAGCAUUCCCGCUGAGUUGAGUGCCCUGUUUCUCCUGGAGGGCCUGGUUUAUUGCAUGGACUGGCGUUUGGUAGGGAUCGACGGUGGCGUUCUGGCUGAAGGGGAUGUGUAAGAGUAUUUUUUAAAAAUAGGUUAUUCAGCCUCCUGAGGAUAUCAAGGUCGGAUCUGAUAUCGAGCUUGAUAUUCGUGGACACUCCCAAAGGAAGAAGACAGGCGCUUGUCAAGCGGCACGAGCUGAAGAGACGACAUCGUCGACUGUAUUGUAUAUAAUGUUACAUGCUGUUUUGUACAUGCAAAAGGAUG